AUGAGGCGGGCGAGCACGCGCGACGAGAGCUGCGCGGAUGGUGCGGAGGACGGAGAGGGGAAGGAGACCGCGGCAGGGGCUCUUUUGAAGCGCAGCUUGACGGCGGAUGCAACGGGGAAGACCAUGGCGCGGGGGGGUGCGCCUAGUAACGGCUUGGCGGAGAGCAUGAUGGCGGCGGGGGGCGAGAGCAUGAUGGCGGGCGCGGGCUUGCCGCGAUCGGCGAGUGAGGUCACGCUGCAGGACGCGGAGGUGGACGAGAUGGACAGAGAGGUGCUGCAAGAGGCGUUCGUGCGCGUGGUGGCGCUGCAGCAGCGAGUGCAGCACUACCGUGACCUGGGCUUGUUCGUGGUGCUCAUGGCGCUCUUCAUCACCAUCCUCUACCUCCAGGCCGACUCCUCCAGAAGCUAUGAAAUCACCGCCGCGCACUCCGUGCUCUUCCCCCCCGUAUGCCCCCCCGUUUCCCCACUCCAUGCUCUUCCCCCCCGUAUGCUCCCCCCUUACCCCACUCCGUUCUCUUCCCCCUCGUAUGCUCCCCGCUACCCCUCUUGUGCUCAUCCUCGAUUGCUUCCCCCAAACCCUCCACACUCCCCCACGCAUUCCUUCUCUCUAUACCCGCCUGUAUGCUCCCCACUUGGGGUGCCGCAGCCCUCAUUGGUUCUUUCUAACGCAUUCAUUCAACCGCACUGUCAUUAUAGCGCGCAUUCACUGGGGCGCGCAUUGGGGAAUCGUAGCAUGGUUGCACCUUCCCCCGCCCAAGAGCAGGGCAUGCGUCAGGACGCCUCCAACACCUUCGCUGGACCGGAUGAUUUCUACAGCUGGCUCAACGCCACCAUCGUGCAGAGCCUGUGGGCGGACCCCACGUGUGGUGACGGCUCGUGCGACCGCCCUUUCCAGUUCCCCGCGUUUGGCCGCUUCGGCUGUGAAGCAGACUGCGGCAUGUUCCCCAACCUCACCUCCGUCGUCGUCAGAUUCUCCUCCCACCUCGACACGCAGCAGGCUAUUGACGAAUCUUCCUGGAACCUCUGCAUGGUCAACCCGGUCUCCCUCUGCUGGUACGAGGCAUUUCAGCCGUUCCCCCGCGGCGAGGCGGAAACAUCAGUAGCGUUGGACAUUCCGGACGGCGACUGGGUGGUGGUGCUCAACGCGCCUGCGGGGGGCAUCCGCGGCACCGUGCACGUGGCCCCUCCCGGCACGCGCCGCCUCUCCGUCGUCGGUGCCGCCUCCACCAUUGAGCUCGCCUCUUGGGGGUCCUGCGCGCUUGAUGAUGGUGCUGUGGCAGCCAAUCAGACAGAGCCAAGUGGCGGCGCUACUGUCGCUCCGUCUGACAUCUGUCGUGAUACGUGUGCAAGGCUGGUGGCCUGCCUGCCAGCAACCUGUGGGCGAGAAUUCACGGAGAGGGAGGUGGCAGGGGCGUUUGUGGACUGUGCGCGCAUGUGCAUCAUCGCACCCUCCUCCAUCACCACCUAUGCCGCCUCUCCCUGCCCCAUGCCGGAGAUUGCAUCGGUGUUUUCCAACACCCCAUGCAACGUUUCAGGCUCAGACUCAACAGUUCAUGUGUCUGCUGGCAACCGCCGCAAGGCGCUCUUCCGCUUCCACCACCCUCACAGCUAUGCGCGCCGGCCCUCCUCUACUGCCCCUGGCCCACAUGACACCACCUCCCAGCCCACUGCAGCAACAGUGCCCUGUCCUGCUGCCCCUGCUGUCGGCCUUCCUGGUGCGUCUGCCUCUUACGCUGCCGCAGCACUCGCAGCAGCGCACCCGCAAGAAGCACAGUGGUCUGAAGCAACACCAGCAUCAGCACCACCAUCCCCAGCAGCACCCAUGCCAGCAGGCUCACCAACACCAGCAGCGACGACCGCGGAAGGAACUGCAGCCGCAACAGGCCCCUCAGAACCGUCCCUCUGGUCCCUCCUGGGUGCCACGGACCGGCAGCGACUGACAGUCCUGCAGGUGGCGGUGUCGCGCGCUCUCUUCACCAUGGCAAAGGACCGCUGCCUUGCCGGCCGAGCGCCGGGAGCAAGCAGGAAGCACGCGCAAGGAGGGCCGGGCAGUGUGCGCUGGAACAUGGUGGCGUGCUUCUGCACCAUUCUGGGGGGGCCGUCUGAGACGCUGGAUGAGUGCCGGCUCACGGAUGCAGCAGGAAAACCGGUGGUGGAUAUUCCGGACAUGUAUGUGUACCUGCGCAGCACGCACGUGAGGGGCGGGCGCGUGAUCUCCUCGCAGCACAUGAGGAGAUUCGUGCAGACGAUGGCGGCGGCGCUGCGGUCCGUGACGCUGAUUUCAGACGCGGCGGCUGCGCGCCUCAACACGCUCAUGCACUCGUUUGAUGAUACCAUUGUGACCUCCGACGCUGUCGGCUGCUCUCAAGGCGGAGCAUGGCUGCAGUGGCGGGCGGGUGUGAAGCACAACACGACCAUCCAUGUGGGCGACAAGGUCACAUGGGUGUGGGAUGACGACCUCCCGCACUCACUCAAAGUGGCGGCGAUGGGUGAGGAAGAGGACCCGCUGUUUCUAGGCUUUGGAGGGCAUCGCUUGGUCGUGUCGCGCAAGCUGGCAUGCACUCCCAUGAAUGUGGGCCAGUGGGACAUUUCUGAAGAACCACAGCCAUGCGUGCUCAAGAUGGAUGACGAGCCCCCCAACUCCUUCUCGUACAGCAAGGUUUUUGACGAGCCAAUCACGAUCCACUACGAGGACGGCACUCUCUCUGUUGACGACUCCUCCUCCUCCUCAGCGUCCGCAACCUCUGCUGUGUCUCUUCUCACUGUGCUGCCUGCACCGACAGGAGCUGAGCUUGCUGACCUUGGGAACGCCACUGACAGCAGCACUCUCUCGGGCACCGCACGUGUCACUACCACCAACACCACCACGCCCUCCACCUCCUCCUCCGCCUCCUCCUCCUCCUCUUUGCCAUCCGCCGCCACCGCCGCAGCGUACGAGUGCUCGCCGGGGUGCCGGCUACAUCGCCUGGCGAACGGGGUGUGCGAUGCGGCGUGCAACACGCCCGUGUGCGCCUUUGACGGUGGCGACUGCGCGUGUGUGGACCCGCUCUUUGGCCCCGGCAUCUGCGCCUGCCCGCCCGGCCACACCCGCCGCGACGACGGCUCAUGCUGUCUAUCCACGGCGGUGGGCACGAAUCUCAACUUCCCCUUCUCACUGCAGCGCUACGGCCCCAACUACACCGAGAGCAACUUUGCCUUUGCGGCUGAGAGGGGCGUUGCUGUCAACCGCUUCGUGUCACGUCGCAACCGUUUGUUGAUUGGCAUGGUGCUGCAGCAGGAUCGGUGGGGUGCGAAGCAGUGCAACGGAUCGGGACUGCUGCACCUGGCGGGGUGGUGCAGCAACGGCACGUCCAGGGAGCCCUUUGGAGUGAACCCGCACUUCCUGCCCACGUCGGCCAUCUACGACAGCGCUGCCAGCGCCAACAUGAGCCAGCUCGACAACAGUACCUUCGGCGUCAAGCUGCGCUUCAACCCGCAGGGCCUCCCCUACGGCUUCAUCUACCCCGUGGACUCCCUCACAACCCUCCCCCUGGUGUUUGAUGUCAAUCUUGACUACGAGGCAGCCAUGCGCCGUCUACACUACCUGGUGGAUGGGAGCUAUAUUGACAAUGGCACUCGCAGCGUGGACGUUAGCUUCAUCACCUUCAACGGCGAAACACUCACGUUCGUGCUGACCACAGUAACCUGCACGUUGAACGCUGGAGGCAGCAUGGCGGUGACCAUAAAGUCACAGCCGGCAGCCAUGGCCAUGUACGAUGCAUCGGCAGACAACAUGGCACGGCUGGUGCUGGAGGUGGUGUAUCUCGUGGGGCUGCUGUGGAACGUGUGUGGCGAGCUGCAGGAGAUGGCCGAUCGCGCUGCCGUUGAUGGCUCUGUGCUGGGCUACUUUGGGCUCGUGUGGAACUGGGUUGACAUGCUCUCCCUCGCACUGCAACUGACUGCGGUUGUUAUCUGGGUGGUGCUGUGGAGGUAUGUGGACGCAUUCGACAUGCAGCCGCGCUACGACAUCUACUACACGCUGCUGGAGAUGCCGCGCUACUGGGCCGUGCCCAACCCGCCCACGGGUUUCAUCAGCGCCACGCAGGCCUUUGCUGAGCUGCGCAACAUCAUCAACCUCCGCACCGUCUACUUCGCCCUCCAGGGCAUCAAUGUGUUCUUCAUGAUGGUUCGUCUGCUCAAGGUCAUGGACUUCCAGCCCUACCUGGGGGUCAUCACGCGCUCCCUCAGCCUCGCCACGCCCUCGCUGCUGCACUUCUUCCUGCUCUCCUUUGCGGUCUUCUUCUGCUUCAGCAUGUACGGCUACCUCGUCUUUGGAGGCGCUCUCGAAAUGUUCUCUACAGUGCUAGAGUCCAUGUUCUCAUGCUUCCUCCUCCUCCUCAACGACAACUCCUCCGCCUACUUCUUCCAGCGCCUCCACUCCUGGGACCUCAUAGCCGCGAUGCUCUUCUUCUUCAUGUUCUUCAUGGUCUUCAUCCUCCUCAACUUCCUCAUCGCGAUCAUCGUUGACGCCUUCAUGAGCGUCAAGGACAGCAACAUCGUCGCCACUUCUAUAACCUCUGACCUAGGACACAUCAUCAAGUACAAGUGGAACUGCUGGCGUGGCCGUUACUUGCGGUAUCCCGUCAUUCUCGACCGCCUUGUGGAGUUGGGAGCUAAGGACAGCCGAGUGGAAGAGUCAAGCCGUCGGAUGCGCCGUCUGCAGUCGAUAAAGCGGCGAACGCGAGCCAUCUUCACCGGCAACUGUGGCGGUGACUGCGGGCCAUCGCACUCGCACUUUGGUCGCAGGAACAACCAACCCGCCUUCCCCGGUGACAGUGACUUUCGGGAGCGGCGGCAGCAGCACGUGCUGACUGUGCGGGAGAAGCGCAUCGACGCCAUCUCGCUCGCCAUGAUCCUGCAGCGCCGCCACGACAGGGAGCAAGGUGGGCCCCACAAGGCUGAGUCGCUGCCCAACCUUUGGCCCAGGACAGGUUCAAGUGAGGGUGGGGAGGAGGAGGCGCUAGAGCAGCUGUCGCAGGCGGUGGUGCUGCAGUGCGGUGAGGUGGUGCAGCAGGCUGCCCUGCCCGUCAAGAAGCCCGUGCAGAAAAUCAGCCUGGCUCAUGUCCAGGGGAGUUGGCGUGCAGCCGGGCAGAGACUCCUCGCGUCUCCCCGUCCCUCUCACGGACUCCUCAGAGCCUCUGGAGCAAGCGGGAAGGAGGAGGGACCUGCCACAAAGGUUCUGCGAUAG